AUUUCGUAUAGAUUGGUGUAGAUUGGAUUGGAUUGUAUCGAUAUCACUGGAUAUCACUGCGAGUUUUUAUAAUUUUCCCAUUGCCACGUACAUAUAACGGGUGUGGCAAAUAUAUAGGGUGGGAAUAGUGGAAAAAGCAACAAGAACUCUAACUAUAUUGCUUAUUUUUUAAUUCUAUACUCUAAUCACAAGUACAAUUUAAAUUUGAGACUUUAAUAGUUUUCAGAUUAAAAUGGAGAAAACUAAAACUAUAAUGACAGAGAUGCAAAGUGUUGAAGAUACAUUAAAAGCUUCUCUGCACAGAGUGGAUGGGAUAGAAAAAAAACUGAAAACUAAAUUGCUGACAUUUGAAAAUCGUGAGAGACUAGAACGUGAGUUAGAAGAAGUGAAAGAAGUACUUAAACGGAAUGAGGAACAAUUAAAGAGUUUAAGACAUGAAAACACAAGAACUUUCAUGGUAGCAGCUGCCUUAGUGUUUGCGUGUUUCUUAUUGUUUGGUCUGUAUUCUAUGUUUUUUGGAACAAUUUAAGUGUUAACUUCAAAGUGGGAUUUUAAGGAUUUUUACAAGUGAUCGAUAAUUGACAGGAUAAGUGAUAUUCAUCUGCAUUUUUUAUUAUGGUAGUGUUACAAUUUACAAAUUAACAUAAUAUUGCAUAACACCAUUAUAACUCAUUCAAUCAUUCCAAUUUUGAUCUUCCAUUUUGUAUUAAUACAUUAAAUAUAAGAAUUAAAUAAAAUAAAGUACUUAAAUUUCA